AUGAGGGGAGUGGGAGCGGAGGACGGUGGUGGGCCCGAGACGGCCAACCGGGAGGCGAGAAAAGUCCGCGGCGUCCCAUACAAUCGGCCGUCCCGUCUGCUCGCCGGGAACACCUGUACCGAAUCUGUUUACUCGUGCCGGGUUCGAGCCGGCUCGGCUACCUCGACCUCUGGAAAGGGCGUAUUAGUGGUGAGUGAGGAGUCGAUGAUAAAAAUAGCUGAAAGCGACCACAACACUGAGCAAUAUUUCGCUAUUCGGUCCCCGAGAUAUUGCGGUACCAGGAAAUGUCGAUCUCGAGGGCUUGACAACGAAGCAUACGAGAUGCAGUUCGUCGCCUAA